UCUCUUUUUUUGGAGUUUGAACUCAAAGCCAGUCUGUAUGCAAAGCCAGUCUGUAUGCAUGUCGGGCUGAUACUAAUUCACUUCAAAUGGGAGUCAUGCCUUUGCACCGUGGGAGUGGAAUACUGGUAGUUUUCAGCCUGUUUCUGAUUUCCUUUGCACCACACUGUUAUGCAGGGAAUAUUUUGGUUUAUCCCAUGGAUGGCAGCUACUGGAUCAAUAUGAAGAUCCUGCUAGAAGAACUUCAUGCCAGGGGUCACAACAUCAGUGUGAUCAGGGCUGCCACAAGCUGGUACAUCCCAGAAAAAUCCCCCCUCUACACCUCCAUUACCAUUGAAAUGGCUAAAGAUGUAAAGGACUUCUUUAAUGACUUCAUACAAGAACAAUUGAGGGUACACCGAGAAGGAUCUUCACUGUUAACUUUCUUCAAGCUCACUAAGAAGUUUAUGUCUUUUGUUUAUUUUGGCCAUACCCUGUGGUGUGAUGCCGUCUCAAGCAUCUUUGAAAAUCCAAGGUUGCUAAAAGAUUUGAUAGAUGCGCAGUAUGAUCUGGUUCUUACUGAUCCUGGAAUAGGACCAGGCGUUGUGUUAGCUAAGUAUCUUAAACUGCCAUUAGUCCUCAACGUUCGGUGGAUUACAAGUGGAGAAGGCCACUUUGUGUUGGCUCCUUCACCUCUUUCUUAUGUCCCAGUGAUCCCAGGACCUGGCUUAACAGACAAAAUGGAUUUCAUCCAGAGAAUCAGAAAUAUAUUUUUUUAUACUAUCAUAUUGUUCCAGCAAAAUUUUGUGUUGGGACCCAUAUAUGAUGCUAUGUGUGACAAAUAUAUUGAGGGUGGAUGUGACAUUGUCUCACUCCUUCAAGAUGCAGAUAUUUGGCUCUUCAGGUCAGAUUUUGUGUUUGAAUUCCCUCGGCCAACAAUGCCAAACAUUGUCUACAUUGGAGGGUUCCAGUGCAAGCCUGCACAGCCUCUGCCAGCGGACCUGGAGGAGUUUGUUCAAAGUGCUGGAGAGCAUGGAGUCAUCAUUAUGACUCUGGGAACUUUGGUUAACUCUUUACCUGAAGAGGCUGUGGAUUCAAUUGCUAGUGUCUUUGCUGAGAUGCCCCAAAAGAUAAUCUGGAAGCACAGAGGGAAGCGUCCUUCUACUCUGGGAAACAACACUCUAAUAGUGGACUGGAUGCCACAGAAGGACCUUCUUGGCCACCCACAAACAAAAGUCUUUGUAGCUCACGGAGGGACAAAUGGAGUCCAGGAAGCCAUUUACUAUGGAGUACCUGUGCUUGGCAUACCCUUGUUCUUUGACCAGUAUGACAACCUUCUACGUUUGCAGGAAAGAGGAGCUGCAAAGAUCAUUCAGCUAGCUGAUGUUAAUGGCCAAACUUUUGAAAGAGGUCUUAAGGAAGUGCUCUAUAAAGACAGCUACAGGCAGAACAUGCAAAGACUGUCCCGUUUACACAAAGAUCAGCCAGUAGCACCCAUGGAUCAAGCUGUUUUCUGGGUAGAGUAUGUGAUGCGCCACAAAGGGGCCCCUCACCUGCGUACACAGGCUUACAAGAUGCCUUGGUACUCAUACUAUUGCUUAGAUGUACUAGUUUUUUUGAUGACUUCUGUAAGUGUGCUCCUCUUCUCUGUAUUUGCAAUUUUUAAAUGUCUAUUCUGCAAAGAAAAAAACAGAAAAUUUAAACAAAACUGAUUUGGAUAAAAGUGUUUCAGCACCAUGUGAAAAUAUUAUUAUCAUUAGCAGAACAGGAUCACAGAAAAGUUUCUUUGUUGCAGCUCUGGAGCCAGACUGUAAAGUACCAAUCUAGGUCUGUAAGUUACCAUUGCAUAAUAGUGAACUAUUGAUCACUUAUUUUAAUGUUUAUCCAUCAAGAGAUAAAGAUUUUGUAAUCGGUGAGUUAUGUACAAAAUAGGUAAGGAAGAAAUCACAGUAUAAUAAUAGGUCAUCUUUUGUUAGUUAUUACUCAUCAUAGCUUAUUGAUGACAUGAUUUCCAGCAUAUAAUUUUGUAUAAAGUAGUUCAACAUGAAAUGAGCAAAAAAAAGUGUAUACAUGACUGAUGAAGACCUAAAAACCUAUUUAAAACUUUAACAGAAUUAUAAUACUGUUUAACAUGACACGCCAUGCUGCAACACAAUGCUAUGAGUUAUUCUGUGCUGAUUGGUCACUGUAUAUGUAGAAAUUUAAGGCAGUUGACUUUUGACUUAAUGUGGUAUAUAUUGAGGCAAAAGGAAUGCUGAAAUUCUGAAUAAUUAACAGUUAAGCUUAAUUUCUUGUACUUUUACAUAUUAAUACUCUUGCUUACAAGGACUAGAGUAUAUAGUUCACAGCACUAACCAACAUUUCUACAGUACUUGACUAUUAUCUAUCACUUUCCUAUUCCUUGCUUGUUGUUCUAAAAAUUAUUAGACAAAAUACUAAUUAACUAACCACUCUUGAGCCAUUUUCUCAUUAACAGACCAUUAGUUAACAUGUCAUGGUCCUUAUAGUGACCCAAUUAAUUAACUAUAAUUAGUAAUUAUAAUUAUAAUUAAUUUAUAAUUCCUAAGAAGUAGCUAUUCCUUUUGCUUUACCUAAAGAGAAGUGCAGCAUCAUAGAUAGUUGUAAAAAGAAAUACAAUCUACAUUUAAAAUCACGAGUAAGUAGUGAUUAUUUAAGAUUUCUUCAAUUAUUAUCUGUGAUCAAUCUUAGACAAGAUACUAGAAUCUUGUUCAUUCAGUGUAACAAAUUUCAAAUACCUUGUCAUGUCCAUAAAUACAAGCUGGCAAAAUUUGUUCUUUGCACAUAAAAAGAGUUUGCCUUGGAUUAGUUGCUUUCAUUUUUAAGCUUUAGCACAGUUUUUCAAUCUUUAGAGUCUCUUCUGAUUUUAUAUUAUUCUUAAAUCUUGCCUGGGAUUAUUGACAAACUUUUAACAGCUUCUUGUUUUGUGUAGAGCAAUAUUUUGUAAUGCAUUUUACUGUUCUGUUCUGUUUUACAUUUUUUUUAAUGUUCAAAGAUAUGUUUUGUCUGUUCACACAGCAGGCAAAUGCGGCCCAUAUCCGACUUUUUUUUAUGGCAGUGUAAACGGCCCAAUUCUGAUCUUUUCACCCUCCAAAAAUGAUGGUACCAAAUUGGAUACGUGCUUGAUAAUUAUUAAAGCGUAUGCAGUCUGAA